UCGUCUCUCGUCUCUCGCACCGACCGACCGACGACGACUGAACAGUGUUCACACGCGCACUCACCGAAAACGCACCCCCGAUCAACUUGCUCCUCCGUCGGUGAAUUGUUUUCUGAUACGUUUUCGACGCGUUCACCGGUGACCCGAGUGCGAUGUGACGAUUUUUCUGGUUCGGCAUUUUUUUCGUCUGUUCAAACGGCCAAAUUGUGUGAUAUGCCAUCGAAGUUUUCCGGGAUAAAUUGUUAGAGCGGCGAAAUUUUUAAAGAUAUCGCCAUGUACAGAGGAAGAACGUUAGUCGUAGUUUUAUUUUGGACGGCCCUGGCCAUAUUCCACAAGACUGUUGAUGCUGGUCCAACGAUAAGGUCCAGACGUAUUGCCAGAGAAAUUUAUCCUCCGGAUGUGGAACCGGAAUCCGAUGGAAACCAACCACAGGUUUGCAUUGUGGGAGACGUGGUUUACGGAGUGGAUGAAACGGUGCCGGCCGAGCAACCAUGCCUGAAGUGUCGCUGUCAACCUCCAGGUGUCCAAUGCGAGACGAUUAGGUGCACCAAAAAACCGGGAUGCAAAGCCAUCCAUCGACCCAAUAGUUGUUGUCCUGAUUAUCAAUGUGAAUGUCAACACAAUGGGAACACAUACGCCAAUGGGGAAAAGUUAGAAACCACUCUAGGAGGAGAAUGCAAAGUAUGUUACUGCAGAGGUGGUGAGAUCCAAUGUGCCGAAGUUACAUGCUACAUAAGAAAAGACUGCGAAGGAAAACGAGUGCCAGGAACAUGUUGUCCAAAAUAUGACCACUGUCCACCAAUUGAUGCUCUCCUUGAAGGAGCUCAGUAUACUACAGAGUUAACCAUGACUAAUGUAGACCAACAGACAUUGGAAGUUCUGCCUCUUCCCUCAAUCACCCAAACGACCAACGAAACAUUCUUAGGUCAGACCACAAACGAAAUACACGAUGAUGAGAAAUCAGUUAAUAAACAAUUCGAGGAACAAUUAACUCUAGAACUGGCAAACAAUCACAAACUGCUACAAAAUGGUCAGUCAGAAGUGGAAGAUUUACAAAAGCCAAUCGACAACAUGAGUGAACCGAAGAUAACAAUACAAGAAAUAAUUCCUGAAAUCAAAGAAAUACCCAUUACCGCUUCCCCUAAAUCAGACGACAAUCCCCAGACACAAGGCCAAUUAAUUAUCGAAGAAGCCAAAGACCAUGAGGAUGCUAAAGACAAUGAUUUAGUGGUGACAGAUGCGGAGCCCGAUUCAAGCGAGAUUUCCGAAGUGUUCCAACAGCCUCCGCCAGUUUUGAGAAUUGGCGACAAACUACUUUUCUUGAAAAAGGGGGAACUCAUCCCGGAAAAAGAUACUAGCACACCCACGUCAGUUAUUACUAUAAUCGGCGCGGAAGGUUUGCAAAGAGGCUUCGAAGAAAGUGCCGAAACUCACGACGAAAGUGACCAACAACGUUUUCCCGAAACAGACGGUGAAGCGACCAAUUUGACGGACUCGAACGAUUUGGAACUGAAGACUUCCGAAUCGUCUCAUAUUUUGUCGCUGGUUAAGAAAAAAAAUAACGUGGAGACGACCACUACGACAACGGAGCAGCCUUCGAGUACUACUCAGGAACUCUCAACUUCUGAGGCUACUACAACUGCAGGUACCACUACGACAACAAUCACUAGUUCAAUAGAGAGUAUUAUUAGUACUACAGAAGCUGCAGUCACAUCAGAUGCCCCUGAAAGCUUAACAACCACAACAGAUAGUCACAUUAAUAUUCCGACUUCGACGGAAGGAAAACCAAGUUCCAGUACGGAUUUACCAACAGAAAGUAGCAAAUUAGAUGUUCCAGAACAAAAUCCUGAGUACCCACCGAUCCCAGAGAUAAUGAUAAUUCCUGAAGAAAUUGGUCAUACGGAUGAUUCUUCUCACAGAUUCGAUAAUGAUUUCGACAAAGUAAACAUAACCGAAGACAUUAUAGAGAUGAAAAUCCUUCCUGAAAUACUCGACAUACGCAACAAUAAAACCGUACCUGAAAAUACAACUCACAGUGAAUGGUUAAAAAAUGAUAGUAUGACCCAGCCGGGUGGUGUUGAAGAUUUUAAGGCCGUUGCUUCUGAAGGUGGGCCAAGUGAGACGACAACCGAAGAGGUAACUGAAACAACUGUCGAAAGUACCACAGGAACUACUACGGAAACACUUGAAACAACUAGUGUAAAGUUAAAUGAGAAAAUCGAAUUGACAACUGAAAAAAUAGACACAACUACUGAAACAACAACUAUAAAGGGAACCUCGAUUAUCAAUCGAUCUGUUGAAACUGUGGAGGAAAGUACUGAGGAAAGUGGUGAGAAAACUACCGAAAGGUAUAAUAAUCAUUCUCCUCUAAAGUCUGACGAGAAUAUUAGUUUGGAAAAUGAAACUACAGAAUUAAAGGACAUGUUAAAAGAGACCAAAUCAGUCGACAACACCGGCAGCGUUGAAGCUACUACAGUUAACAUAGCAAACGAUGUCGAAUUCAUUGGUGAAAUACACAAAACGGAUGACCCAAUAAAACCUGGAAUAAACAAAGACGUCGAAAUAAUAAAAACUCCACCAAAACCUACGGACGCAGAAUCCACCACAAUGCCCGAGGAAUUACCAAAACCCGAGAAAAUAAAGUUGAUCGGCAAACGUGAGAACAACGCAGACGAUGAGGCAGCUGAAGUUUUCAAACAGUUGGAUAGAGAAUUGAACGCCGAAAACACCGAAAGAACCAUGACUCCGGAAGAAGAACAAAAAGAGGCGGAUGAAAUAUUCAAAGAGCUUUUGGAGGAAACCAGCACCCCGAAAGCUCCUCCUGCCCCACAAGGCAGAAACAAAGACUCCGACACUCUACAGAGAGUCAGCGACGCUCUUGCCAAAUUCACGCUGCGAGGUAAUCAGCCGGACAGAAAUAUUUUAGGAAUCUUAUCGAAUUUCUUUAGCUCUCAAUACAAGUAUAAGAAAUAGGGAAUCGACGUGAUGUUAGUUAAUUGAAGAUUAUUAAAUCCGUAAACGUAUUCGUAUUCGAAUAAUAUUAAAUGUAAUUUAAUGAAUGUUUUAAUGCCAAUUUUUCAACUAAGAGACUUUCCCCAUAAGUUGCGUUCGCUUCGACUUCGGAAUGAAUUAGCAAGAAUAGUUGAUAAUUUACUUGUAAGGCAUAAUCUCCAUACUUACUACUACUACUACUACUACUACUACUGUGUAGAAUAUUAUACUAUUUAUUUAUUAUUGAUUAGAAUAAGUAGACAACAGCGAUGAUCAGUUGUUAAUUUCAUUGACUUAUUUAUCAUUGUUACUAGUUGAAUAUUUAUGUAAUUCUAUGUAACAACUAAAUUAAUAAAUGUUUUUAUUAAAUAUGAAA